CGGUUCGUCAGUCAGUCAGUGCAAUGCCAGUCAGUAGCAGUGCAUGCAUAUAGAAAAAAAAAUAAUCAAAAAUUAUCCUGGCGGUGCGAUUGGUGAGAAAGAAGAAACCGGUCAACAGGAAAACAUUACCACAGUGCAUCAUUUUCGUCCCGAAUCUAUAGUGAAAACCGCAUUGCAUCACUGCACGGCCGGCUGGUUGGCGAAUUAUGUGUUAAAAGGGCUAAAGGUUUGUGUAGGGAAAUUGGAGCAUUUUAUAGACGAUGGAUUUUUUACUGCUCCUGGGCGUGGUGGUGGUCAUCUAUGGAGUCCUAUUGUUUUUCGAUAACUUUUUCAAGAGCUGUAUGCGCUAUCCUUAUGAGGCGUUCCUAAAGGGGACGGGUUUGUCGGUGAAAUUCCUCCGGUUACAGUGGCACACGACGGCUCUCAAUCGAUCCAUUGUCAAAUGGAGUACGGCUUAUCCAAAACUGCUGGAUCUAAAUUUUAGCUUAGGAGUUUACUUGUCGGUGUUGCUCAUGCCAGUUGCGUCACUACUAAUCAUCGUGUCCGCUUUCCAUACCAAGAGUUCCGGCAAGGCGAGCUCGGAUGGUGCCGCAGGGGUUUCCAAGGCAGUGGCCGAAUCCGUAUCGUUGGAUUUACUCAUUCCGGGAGUUAAUCUGCCACUGAAUGAAAUUGGAUACUACAUCGCGGCCUUGGGAAUCAACAGUGUAGUGCACGAGUUGGGCCACGGAUUGGCCGCAGUGCUCGAGGAUGUUCCAAUCAAGGGAUUUGGAUUCCACGUAAUGUUGAUCAUUCCGAUGGCCUACACUCAGCUGGACUCGGACCAGCUAAAUGCGCUGAAGACGUGGAAGAGGCUGAAGGUGCUAUGUGCCGGGAUUUGGCACAAUCUGCUGCUGGGUGCUUUCACGUAUUUGCUGUUCGUCACAACUCCGGUGAUGCUGUCGGCGAUUUACCGGGUGAAUGAAUCCGUGAUGGUGACCCACAUCAAGAACAACUCUCCGCUGCUGGGAGCACGAGGACUGGAAGAAGGAGACAUCAUUACCGCAAUCAACAGUUGCGAAGUCCGCAACGAGGCAUCCUGGUACGACUGCCUGCUGGAAUCACUCCAUUCCCAGCCAUCGUACUGCAUUUCCCCAGACUUUGUCCACCUGAAUGACGAAUCGGUCCCUAUAUCACACAAAAACGAUGGCCUCAUUGAGUGCUGCAGCGUGGACAACACGGCCUCCAACUGCUUCGAGUACAUGGUCGAUGUGAACGAAGAGGACGUGGCCCUUCCGCAGCACAUGUGUCUCAACAUCCGAAAGGUGGUUGAAAACUCUUUUGGGUACUGCCAUCAGAAGCCCAUCUGCUCCGAAGGCCAUUGUUUUAAACCGAUGAUCAACAAUUUCACGACCAUUCUGCAAAUCCGGAGGGACCGCAAACCGGACGUAAUCUACAUUGGCCAUCCGGCGGACCUGACCCGAACGAUCCGAAUAUCACAAUUCGUUCCGAAGACGUCCAUCUUUCGGCCCGGUUUCGCCGACGACAUCCAACUGCUGCUCAAGUACGUGACGGUGUUUGCCCUCGGUCUCUCGGUCAUCAAUGUGAUACCCUGCUUCGGCUUCGACGGGCAGCACAUCGUCAGUGCGCUGCUGACGAACGGGCUGGUCGUUAGCCGGGUGCCACAGAAAAGCAAACGGGACGUGAUUGCACUGUGCAUCAACAUCGUUGGGACGCUGUUUGUGUUUAUUCUGCUGACCAAGGUCUUUUGGCAGAUGCUGUUCAAGGCCUUGUGGCAGUAGGUGUAGGGUGGGUGGGGAGAGAAUAGAGAGAGAGAGAAUCUGAACUUUGUACAACUGACAGUGCACUGUGGUCCAGUGAGUAGAUUUACGGGGAAAAGUGUUUGAGCUUGAACAUUAUGUUUUAUGUUCUUUUAAAAUCUUUUCUUUCAAUUGUUAUCUAUUCCCAGUAAUUAAGCGAAACAAAAAUUAACUAUUGGUCUGUCUCAAGAGCAAACUUAAGUGUCUCUGCUGCUAAAUCCAAAUCCGAGCUCAGAUUUGCUCCAGCACGUAACCAUUUUGAGCUAUACUUCAAUUUAUAGGGCAAAAUAUGCGAUUUUGGGCUUUUUUGAUUGCAAGCAUGGAAAUUUCUUUUAAGCAAUCAAAGGGUAAAUUGGUAACAUGUAAAUUAACGACUCAUGCAAAAUAUUUAGUUUUAUCAAAUCAAAUUUGAUAGAUUAAGCAUUUGCGGGACUUCAUCUGGACAGACCGAAAAAAGACCGAUUCGCAGCCGCAAUACGUCUUUUCACCACGCGGAUAACAUCAUUAUCGCACGUCACUAGAGUACCAAGAUAAACCAAUUCACCCACAACUUCAAACUUUUCUCCACUCCUCUUCCACGGCCCGACGGUCGAUUCCGAUGAUGUCGAUAUCGUCCGCGAAGCCCAGGAGCAUAUGCGACUUCGUAACAAUGGUCCCGCUCUUGUGCACACCAGCUCUCCUUAUCGCUCCUUCCAGUGCUAUGUUGAACAGUAAGUUCGAAAGAGCAUUGUGAAUGCCGGGCAACUCACUGGAACAAUCCGUUCCCAGCCAUCUUAGCAAACUGCAGUAGAAUCACUUGGCAUAAUUCGGAACCUCACUGUGAUGGCGACUUGCUCCGCCAACAGUCCACUCGUCAAUGAGGCAGCAUCACACUGACGACGACCCCGUCAUGGUGCUGGCUGUCACUGAUGCUUGCUAGGGGAAAUACACGCAUGGGGAAUGCUACUCAGCUUUGUUCAUACUCCACAAGCAUCGCCCUGCUUCAGUCCGUCAAAGGUUACAAACGAUGACGAAAUUUCAUCCGCAACCCAUACACUUGAUUUCGAGCCGUCAAGCGUCGCACAAAUCAGUCUAAUCAGCUUCGUCGGAAAUUCAUGUUCGAUCAUAAUCUGCCAACUCGCUUCUCUUUAUUGAAUCAUAUACCGCCUUGAAAACAAUAAACAGAUGAUGGGUCUGCAAGUUGUAUUCCCGAAAUUUAUCGAGAACUUCCGCAGGGUGAACAUCUGAUCUGUCGUUGAUCGGCCUUCACGAAAUCCUACCUGAUAUUCGCCGACGAAGGACUCCUCAAUCGGCCUCAGCCUGUGGAACAGAACUCCGGACAAAAUUUUGUACGCUGAAUUGAGGAGUGUUAUUCCUCUGUAAUUCGCGCACUCCAGUCGAUGCCCUUUCUUGAUAAGAGGGCAAAUGAGACCAUCCAACCAACUAGCAGGCAGUUCUUCCUCCUCCCUUAUCUUCAAUAUAAUACGGUGUAAGAGUUGAUACAGCUGCUCACUACCGUGCUUGAGAAGCUCGGCCGGGAGUUCGUCCUUCCCAGCAGCCUUGUUGUUCUAGCUGUCUUGACCUCGUCUAGCGUUGGAGGUUCCACAGCUUGUCCGUAGUCGUCGAUUCGAAUUCUGUCCGUCUCUCUUCCACUCCCACCGUUCAACAAUACCUCGAAGUGCUCUCUCCACCUGGCAGCCACCAUUAUCUUGUCUCUAAGCAAGUUUCCAUUACGGUCGUUGCACAUGACGGGAGAAGGCGCUGUUUUUCUCCGCACGCCAUUGACAGUUUCGUUAAAUCUCCGCAUAUCAUUCUGUUCCAUACUCUCUUGCGCCUGAGCAAUCACAUUUUCCUCGUGCUCUUUUUUCUUUUUACGGUGGAUUCGUUUUUCGGCUACUCUUGCAUCCCUAUAUCGCUCCCUGCUCUGCCGGGUCCCCGACACCAGCAUCCGGCUUCUGGCAACAUUCUUCUCGUCCGUUACCCUCUGGCACUCCUCGUCGAACCACCCGUUCCUAGGUCGGAGCAGUACCUAUCACCUCCCGCGCUGCUGUACUCAUCGCUCCGUGGAUAGACUCCUACAGAGAGUUGAGAUUAUCGCUCUCGUUGAUCUCACUUAUUCACUCGUCCAGCUUCUGGUGAUAGUCAGCUACCGUACCGUCUGCUGAAAACCGCUGGAUGUUGAAACACAUCGAUCGCCGGUUCCUAGAGUCCGACACGGUUGAUAACCGAGCUCGAAUCUUACUAACUAGGGUAUCGCGCCAUUUGGGCGGUGGCUUCUACAUUCGCCUGUUUUCCACUAUAACUCAGUCAAUUUUGAACCAAUUGACUUGAAAUGUUGUACACAGGUAGAUACUAUACAUAUCUCACCACAUUCCAAAAGUUGUGCCAAUUGGUUCAAAAUUGACUGUAGUUGCCGGCUUAGAAUAGCACUACGGACCCGUGCUGAGGGAUGAAUGGUUGAGGGGGUUUAAAAUAUGCUCGAUCUUUAACGGAGCCCGUAGCGUGGGUAGAUCGCCUUUUUGGGUUGCGUUGCGGUGAAAGAUCUACCAAAUCGAACCCUAGUCCUAACUGCUUCCAACUAGUGGAACAGCAUAUUUUAGUAAUCAAAGGAAAACACUUUGGUCCUUAUUACAUUUAUACCUUGUUGAAAGUGAAAGGUCUCGGUUUUAGGUGUGGCCGAGAUGGAUCUUGAAACUAGGAAACAUGGGUUAGUAUUCCUAAUCUUUUAUUCGGUGUACACUGGUUUGAAACAGAAAGGACUAGGGUUCCGAUGCAUGGUCAAUAUCGGUAUCGUUUCUUGACGUUCUCGUUAAGGGAUCCGAUUUUGACUGAAAAAGGAGCGUGUUUAAAGCGGAACCUAUCAAUCAGAAUCCUUCCUUGCGAUUAUGUUGAAAAUGACUACUGAGCGGUUCCAUAUCAUUUCAGCAACGAGUAAUUUUCAUAUAUCUUUAUUUGGAUGAAACCUUGCAUACAAGUCUUUGGGGGAGAAAAACGCCGUUUUGCAUACUUGGUUCGCCAUUUUGAAUCUAGCCUUACUUAUGAGAAGGGCCUAUGAAAAAUGCACAUGAUAUCUUCAAAAAAUUGUAUCUCGAAAACGGUUUGUCCGAUCGGUUUGGUGUCUUCGGCGAAGUUUUAGACAAUUGUUGGUGCUAUAUGGAGAAAAUAUGCACGGUAAAAAAAUAUGUUUGGUUUUUGUGAUUUGAACUAAAAUAUAGAUUUUCCCUCAAAAGUGACAUGUCAAUAUUUUUUUUAUUAUCCUUAUGUUAUAGCUGACUGAAAAUGCUACCUAGUGCACAGUGGGUUGUUCUGGAGAAAAAUAGGUUACAAUGAAAAAAAAAUGUUUUAAAAAAUUACGGUUUUCAAAAAAAGCUAUUAAGUAAAGUCAAAAAAGUUUGUCGCCCUAAUUUUAUGAAAGUACAUCAAAUUUGCAAGAAAAAAGUACUUCGGUAACAUUUUUCUAAGAUGCACCGUUUAGAAGAUAUUACUAAUUUAAUAUUGAUUUUUUUGAUAACUUAAUAAGUUUUAGCCCUUUUCGGAUGUACUCCGUGUUUCUCCAGUUUCAAAAGUAUUUUUUUCGGAAAGAUUGGAAAAUUUUGAGUUAAAAUGACACUGACAGCUUAAAGAUUUGAGUGAAAUUCUCUGCCUUAAAAGUAUUUUGAAACAAGUUACAAAAUCCCACUAUCAAGAACAAUGAUUUCUUCCAGUGGUUUUUGGUGCCUUCUGCUGAAAACGUGCUAAUAAGUAUUAGAUACAGGUAAUCAGAUACCAGUUAGCUGUACUACGUACAGUUGGUGAUUGUAAACAUGGUCUUUGUUGGAACUAGUCCACCAUGGCCACGCUGGCCCAGGCUUGUAAACAUUCGACACUUUUCACUGCCUUCGUUUCGUUGUCGCGGUCGGGUGUCAGCUUGCUUUAUUUCAUUCGAACGCGACUGCUACCUCUUACACGCAACACAAGCGGCAGAACAAAGAUCAAUAAACAAAAAAGUGGAUCAAAUCAACGUAGUCUGACACGAUGACAUUAGUAUAAUUCCAGCUUUUCGCAAGAUUUCAGCCAAUUUUGAUUAAAAUUGGUAUAAUAUUAGUAUAAUAUUAGUCACCUUCCAUCAAACUAGACGGCUGCCGACUGAUACCUCAAUCAACAACCGCCGCACUCUUUAUUCAUUCCAGGUAUAUACAAUUUACAAUCUUCUUCAAUAACAAUAUACCUACGCCAGCAAAUCUACCUCGCUCCAACUCUCCAAACUCGUACCUGACGAUACCUGAGCGUUCAACUCUACCUAUCUUCCAGCAGUCUUUACCCAGCAUUCUAUGAUUUAUACCCGUGAGCUGUAUAAUAAUGUCUGACUCGGUUCUGAAUUCAUCCAGUAUCUACUAGGGAAAACCAAAUGUACAGUACUGUAACAAAACCGAAUACUUUAUAACUUCUCAAUGGUGAUAAAGUAAUACGACAUGCACUAUACAAAGGACACGGGGUAUACCACAAUAGAUCAAAAUAUUGGUCGCAGUGGUUAUGGCCCGAACAGAGAAAAAAAAAAAGUAGCGCGGUUCCCUACGAGAUAGUGAUCUGAGUCGAUGUUGGGACCUCUAAAAGUUCUAACAUCAAUUACGUCCGAGAAAUGUCGGCCAUCUACCAGCACAUGGUCGAUUUGAUUGCAAAUAUCGCCGUUUGGGUAUCUCCAGGUGUGGUUGCGGAUAUCCUUGCGUGCAAAGUAGGUGCUACUGAUGGCCAUCCCCCUGGCCGCAGCAAUGUUGUCUAAUCUCAGGCCGUUGUCAUUAGUGACGGAGUGAAGGCUCUCCGUACCGAUGAUUGGACGGAAAAAGUCCUCUCUUCCGAUCUGCGCUAGGGCGUCACCGAUGACAAUCUUAGCGUCGUGUUUUGGGCAUUCUCCAUAGGUCUUGUCAAGACAUUCAUAAAACGUAUCCUUCACAUCAUCGGUUUUCUCGUUGGUCGGCGCAUAGACAUUGAUCAGGCUGUAGUUAAAGAAUAAGCCCCGGAUUCUCAAUACGCAGAUCCGUUCGUUGAUCGGCUUCCACCUCAUAACUCGCUUCAUCUGUUUCCCGAUCACUAUGAAUCCGACCCCAUGUUCUGCCUUAUCGCUGCCGCUGUGGUAAAUGUUAUAUUUGAACGAUGUGUUGGCGACGGGAUCCACCGCCCUGAAUUCACGUUCACCAGUUUUGGGCCAACGAAGUGCGUGUAAGUGUAUUGCAGCCACGCACACACGAACUUUCUGCAAUUCACGAGCCAAAAGGCUCACUCGUCCAGGUUCAUUUAAGGUCCUGACGUUCAAGGUACCGAGUUUCCAAUCAUAGUCCUUAUUUCGUUGCCGGGUCGGUUUCCGAGAGUAUCGUUCGCAUAUUCUAUUUCUUUCUUCAUUUUUCGUAGUGUUGAAAGGCUUCGACAGGCUACCUUACCGGGGUCGCGCUGCCUACAUCGCGUUGGUGGGGUUACUACCUUAGGUAUCGAUGGCGCGAUACAGCGUUUCAUAUUCAGCCGCUGGAUGCCAGAACAGACGCUGUUUGAGCCGCACCUCCUUGGUGAACAGACGCUCGGGACGUACCUCCUCAAUUUAGCUGAAGUCCUAAUAAACACUUGACAAAUAUUUUCCGGCGAAGCUGGUUAGACUGAUUCGUGCAACGCUUGACGGUUCGAAAUCAAGUGUACGGAUUGCGGAUGAAAUUUCGUCAUCGUUCGUAACCUUAGACGGGCUGAAACAGGGCGAUGCGUCUUCGAACUUACUGUUCAACAUAACGCUGGAAGGAGUGAUAAGGAGAGUUGGUGUGCAGAAACGGAACCAUUGUCACGAGCUCGCUUCUGGGCUUCGCGGAUGAUAUCGGCAUCAUCGGGAUCGACCGUCGGGCCGUGGAAGAGACGUUCAUACCUUUCAAAAGGGAAACUGCGAGGAUUGGACUAACAAUUAACACCACAAAGACCAAGUACAUGAUUGCUUGUGGUAGUGGUGACGAAGUGGUGAAAAGUUUGUUGUUGUGGACGAAUUUGUUUAUCUUGGUACUCUAGUAACGUGCGAUAAUGUUGUUACCCGCGAGGUUAAAAGAUAGAUUGCAGCUGCGAAUCGGGCCUUUUUCGGUCUGCGAAACCAGAUGAAGUCUCGUAGGCUGCAAACGAAGACAAAACUCGCGUUGUACGACUUUGAUUCUUGCGGUCGCUUCAUACGGCCAUGAAUCGUGGACGUUGAGAGAAGCUGCUCGGAGAGCCUUUGUAGUCUUCGGACGUAAAGUACUACCAACAAUACUCGGCGGUAAACUGAAGGAUAGCAUCUGGCGGCGUCACAUGAACCACGAAUUGUACCAAGUAUAUAAAAAGAUGGAUAUAGUGAAGCGAAUAAAACACGGUGGGCUGGACACGUAGCUCGUAUGCCGGAGGAACGACAAGCUAAAACCAUGUUCAGCAGAGAACUAGGAAGAGACCGUCGGCUUCGUGGCAGGCUGCGCACACGUUGGCUUUUUGCGGUUGAGGACAUAGGGCUAAACGUUCAGGGUGAUUGGAAGCGAUUGGCCCAGGACCGAGACCAGUGGAGGUGUAUGCUUCAUUCGGCGUUGCCUAACCGCUACGAGUUGUAGCCCAUCAAAUAUAAACACUUGAAAUAAUUUCACGUUCGUUUAACGUCAAUUGAUUUUUUUCUGCUCCCCUGUUUGGGAAAUUGAGCCACUGCGUCCAAUAAGCUGAACUUUUGUGGCAUGCCCCGUUUUGAUAAUCGCAUCUAGCCAGCUAAUUACCAUGUGUCAAGCAAUCAGCUUCUACCACGACGCGUCGUCUCCCAGUCAGGUGCAAUGGAAUUUAUAAACUCCAAGACCUUCCCAGGUUCUGCAGACCAGAUCUCGCUAAAUUGCAAGCAAUUUAUGAAUUUUUGCCUGCGCGUGUAAAAAGCACCACAACUGCAAAGCAGAAGUUCCGAGGUUUCACAUUCCGUAUUACAGAAACGACAGAUAUCACUCUGAAUCUGGCCGCUAUUUUUCAAGUGAUACCUGCUCGGGCAGUGUCCAGUUACUAGGCCAGUGUAUGUACAUAGAGCUCAAUUUAUGGUGUUGAAUUGAACGUCAAUUGAUGGUUUGUUGAUAUCUUUUACACGUUGCAAUUAUCUAUUUAUUAAGAGCCUAUUUAUUUAAAAAUUUAAAAAUUUUGCAGUUAUCAAACGUCUACUGUAGUACAUAAUAUGUAACAUGUAGCUUAGGCUAUCAAUUCGCGAAAGCAUUUCUUACAAGAUACAUAUUGCUGGAUCAUCGACUAGAAUCAUGGGUCCUUAUUUAAUCCCUUAUUUCGAUCAGAUAAUAAAUUUGAAAUGAAAUCGCUUCAUCGAUAAUACGACUAGGAUUGAAUGAGUAGAGUUUUUCACGCAAUCGAAUAAGCAUUUCAUACGUAGGUACGUUCCGUUCAACAUUGCAAUUAGCGAAAUUGUUAGCCGAAUACGCGACUAUAUCAUUCAGGUUCGCAUCACCAGGUACGCUGGAGCAGAUCAACUAAAAUACGAUGGAGAAGCACUACUAUGGUCAUUACCAAGAUUUUGGAGGAGGCAGUAUUGCCGGAGGAAUGGAUGGAAAGUAUCGUGUAUCCCAUCUGCAAAAAGGGCGACAAGUUGGAUUGCGGAAAUUAUCGAGCGAUCACAAGAGAGUUCGUGGAUCAAUAUCAGGCUGGAUUUAUGGGUGAACGUGCUACAACGGACCAGAUGUUCAGAAAUGCCACGAAUACAACGUGCCCACGAUGCGAUGGAUCGAGAGAUGGGCAAAUCUCGCAGAGGGUUACGGCAAGGUGGUGGUCUUUCGUGCUUGCAGUUUAACAUUGGUUUAGAGGGUGUAAUAAGGAGAGCGGAGAUAAACACGAGUGGAACGAUUUUCACGAAGUCCGUUGGUUUCGCUGAUGAUUUUGAUAAUAUAUUAUAUUAUAUAUUAUUAUAUUAUAUAUUAUUAUAUUAUAUAUUAUAGCUCGCAAAUUUGAUACGAUGGCGGAAACGUACAUCCGUCUGAAGAAUGAAGCCAGGUGAAUCGGAUUAGUCAUUAUUGUCUCGAAGACAAAGUACAUGAUGGCAAAGUACUCCAGGGAGGAAUCACUGCGGCCGCCAUCCCGAAUUUCUAUCGACGGAGAUGAAAUCGAGGUGGUUGAUGAAUUUGUGUACUUGGACUCACGGACGGAUAAAACCCUGGUAAAUUGGAGUUCGCCAAAGAUUCGGUUCGUACAAUAAGGAGAGAUAUGUUUAACAGGUAUAGGGUGAUCUGACGUUCUAUUAUUGUUUACAGUUAUCACGCAUGCAAUGUAGAACAAAUGCAUCUACAGGAACGGUUAGCCUUACAUUUCGUAUUCUGCGCUCAUUACAUAUUUCUUCAUAAAUUUGCUUUCUGGACCACGGUGCAGUAGUGGUUUUACGAUGACGUAGAAUCGCACACCUCUAGGGCGUUAAAAAAAGAUAAGAAAUCAUGUGUUGUAGUCAAUAGCAUUUAAGACGAUUUGCGAGUAAGGAAAAGAAAGAAAAAAAAAGAAUCAUGAAACGAAGAUGAUAGCAAUAGCCGUUAUGAAAAUAGUUUAUAGCGAUGACGUAGCCGUGUGUGUUUGUAUAUGUAUGUCUGUGUAUACUGAGCAACGAUGUGCAACUUUGAUUGUAGGCACUAACUGUACGACGGAGCAUUGACAUUGAAGUGUAGCUAAAUACAAUCACCCUUUUAAAAUAUCAAA